GCUAGACUCCUUUCUGUGGUACCCAGUAACAGGACCAAAGACAAUGGGCACAAACUGAGACACAGGACAUUCCCCUAGAAUGUCAGGCAGCACAUUUUUACUGCAAGGGUGGUUGAGUGCUGAAUAAUUACCUGGAGAAGUUGUGGACUCUCCAUCCUUGGAGAUAUUUAAAACCUUACUGGAUGUGCUCUGGGGCAACCUGUGCUAGCUGAUCAUGCUUUCAACGUGGGACUGAGCUAAGUGAUCGCCAGAAGUGUUUUCCAACCUCAUCCAUGCUGGGACUGAGUACCAGUGAGGGCUGUGGAAAACAAAAAGGCAACCUGCCAGCUAGGAAAUCUUGUUGCCAGCAUGACAUUUCCCUGCUUGCAAUGAUUUCUCUAGGGCCUGUGGAAUCCUCUACUUCCUUUCCCAGUUUUUGAAUCCUUGCAAAUGUGUACCUCCCUAGUUUUCAUAUAAUUUCAGCACCUUCCUUUGAACUGCAUCACAUACAAACUUGUCUCCAGCACCAGAGUACAAUGCUAUUGCCCCAGUCUUCUAGGGCAGUCUUGUGAGAGAUCAUCCGCUUGUCUUUGCUAAUGAUGGUGGUCUCAAUGCCAUUUCCCCCAUUGUCCCUGCAAUUACCUAUGGGACAUUUUCUGUGGCUUCUUUUACCUAUGAUAUGUCUGUCUAUUUCUAGUCCAUCUACAUUUUUAUUUAAUCUACCCUAAUUCAAAAGAAGCUAUUUACCAGGUAUCAGUAAAAAAUAAAAAUAUAUAGGUAUCACCUCUGACAGGUUUCUGGGAACACCUUACUGAUGCUGAAUUUAUUUUUUAGGGAUUCUUUUUAUUCAGGUUCUGUACAAUUGCAGAAUGAAUGCUUAGUCCCUAGCAAGUAAAACUGUAACUGAUUGAAUAAUGUAAUAAAAUAUACUUUUAGAUAUAAACUGUAACAGUUGAAUGAAUAAUAAAAAUACCCCAGCCUAUCCUGUGGGAUCAUGGGGCAGAUGCUCCAGCUUAUCCCUUAAAAUUGGAUCCACUUUCUGCCUGGGGCUGUGACGUGGGGCUGUGGAAGCUGGGGAGACCCUCCUGCUCCUCUGUGAUGUCCUGUCCUAAUACAAACAAGAGGCCUUGCUGGGGUGAGCAACUUCAGCCAGGGCCAGGAUGGUUCUACCCUUUACACACCAGUGACUGGGAGACAAUGAUGAGGCAGGUCCUGGCAUGCUACACUCCAAGGAAGGCAGCAAGUGGGGACAGUUAAGAGCAGAGGGGCUAUGUCCCUAGAGGCUCAUGUCUGAGGGUGAGCCUGGAGAUCUUUAUUUUUAUCCCCUUGACAAAUCAUUUGCAAAACGACUUCAGAGCAGCUGUAGCUUAGUAUAAACCUCCUGUGGACAGUGCUAGUUCCCUCUUCCCCUAGCGUAAACACAGCCCCAUGCCAAAAACCUGCUCCCCAUCCAUUGGCUCAUGGAAGUGACCACAGCAAGUCCUCUGUCACCAGCAGACCAAGCACUCACCCAGCACAAGAAACCUCCCUCAGCCCACGAUGACAUAUAUGACAGGGUGUUCCCAUGGAAUCACACAAACUUUGGAUUGUUUUUUUAAGCUCUUUAGCUUGGCAGUGACACUUGUUCUCCCCCUCAUCAAUACUCAGAUAAAUUAUGCAGACUGCCGGUGCACGAAAGCAGAAACUAUAACUGUUUCAAAAAUAAGAAUUGAAGUGAGACAGCAAAAAAAUCAGCUGAACUAAAUUUAGCCAAGAAAAUAGGUUUGUGUAGAAGUGUGAGAGAAGAGGUAAAGAGAUGGGCAAGGACUGUGCAGCUGGAGUGGAGGCAGCUGUUUGGCUUGGCAGAGGCAUUCUCUGACAGAAGGAAGAUGCUCCCCAACUUUCAGAGAGGCCCCUCUUCUCCCUGUACCACAGUGUUUCCUUCAGGCUGAGGUCUCAGGACCUCGAUUUUGAAGAAGUGGUUUCACUGUGGGCAGUGACGUGCACCCUUAAGCCACCACCUGCACAACUCGGUUUCACUCACUGGGGCUGGGGCACUGCAGGGCAUCACCAGCCAUGGCAGCAGUCUGGCCCCGUGGCCACCCUGAUGGAAGCACAUUUCAGCUAGCAGUUCUUGUUAUGACAACAGUUACUUUCACUUCUGCAAUAAAACAAAAUACAUCUGAGAUUAUAUGUGUUUUAAUCAGCCAGAAGGAUGAAGGUUCAGGAACACCAGAGACAUUGGUAUCUCCCAAGAUUUCUAACAUUUUGGAAGAUCUUGGGUGUUAUUUGAAUUAUCAAGGAACAGAGAACAUCUAUGAACCAACUAAAACUGUGGAAGUUAAUGUCUUUGAAGAUAUUGAAUUAAGAGUAAUAAUGAACAUUUCUAAUAUAAUUUCAUGCUUCUGGUUCUUUAAAGAGAGCAAAGUGUGUAAACCUUCUUUGGACUCACAGAAUCGAUACGUUAUGUCUUUGGCUUUUUCACAAAUAAGAGAAGCACAAGCUGGAAAAUACACCUUCUCAGUCAUAAGUGAAACUGGCAAUUACACAGUAGUUGUGCCUGUUCUCAUCCAAAAGAGACCAGGCAAACCCUAUUUUAGGAAAAGGGAAGGAUCAGAUGCAAUUGAAUGCAUAUCUGAGAGCUACCCUCAGCCCUAUGUGGAGUGGAUAUUUUGCAAAACACCUGAAAAGAGUUGCCCUGAUAAAGUGCAUGAAGAAACUGGGGAAAUAGAUGGCAUACAGAAGAUACAUUAUGAAUUAUUUCAAACUUAUAUAUGGUGCUGUGCAGCUAAUGACCUGGGCAGAGAAUGCACUGGCGUCUUUACAAUAGAUUUAAAUGAAAGACAAACAGCACCUUUACCUGAAUUACUUCUUAAAGUCGGAGAACCGUUGCUGAUCAGGUGCAGAGCUGUUCACCACAAUUACAAAUUCAGAAUAAAACUAACUUUAGAAAGCAAAGAAGUUGAGCAGGAUCGCCGGUUUGAAGGAUUAGAAUAUCAAACCGAUUACUCAGCAAUUCGGAUCCACUAUGUGUUUGCUUCAGCGGCAGGAAGAAGUGAUAGCGGACGUUAUACCUGUUCUUCUACUGCUCAUCAGAAUCAAACUGCUUUGGUUACAGUUUUAGAAAAGGGAUUUAUAAAUAUAACCGACUCUAAAGAAGAAUUUGAAAUUGGUGAAGAAGCAUUUUGCUUUGAAGUUAACUUUACAGCAUAUCCAUCAGUUAGAUGCAUGUGGCUAUCUUCCCAAAAAACAUUUCCAUGUAAACAAAGUUACAGCAUGGAUGGACGCAGCAUUUCAUCAAAGUUCUGCAACCAUCAGCACCGGUCUGGAGUAUACGUAUUUUAUGCCGAAAAUGAUGAUACAGUCGUGACAAAAAAAUUCACUCUGUACGUGAGAAGAAAGCCCGAAAUAAAGAUGCAGUGGCUGUUCAAGCAGAUCUCCUGCAUCGCUGACAGUUACCCUGCCUCAUCCUGGGUUUGGAGGAGCUGUUCCGAGCUGAACUCAUCCAACUGUACAGAAGAAAUCACUGAGGGGAUUCACAACUUGUUACCGGAGAGGAGAUCCCUGGGGUCAUGGAUUUCUAGCAGUACUUUAGAUGUAAAGGAGACAGCAACAAACUUCUCUGUGGAGUGCUGUGCAAACAAUUCUGCUGGUUCAUCCUGUGAAAAGAAUUUCAUUAACCUAUCAGUUGCAGGAGCUGUUUCUCCUCCCCUGGACAGUACUGCCUUCUAUGUCUCUGUUGGAUUUUUCCUCCUAUUGAUGGCUUUCUUGUUUAUACUAUAUUUUCAUAAAUACAAAAAGCAAUUUAGGUACGAAAACCAGCUGCAAAUGAUUCACAUUAUAGGUCCAUCAGAUAACGAGUAUAUCUACAUUGACUUCAGAGAAUUUGAAUAUGAUCUCAAAUGGGAAUUUCCCAGGGAAAAUCUGGAGUUUGGACAGGUCCUUGGUUCUGGGGCUUUUGGGAAAGUGGUAAAUGCAACAGCUUAUGGAAUUAGCAAUGCAGGAGAUGCAGUCCAGGUUGCAGUCAAAAUGCUAAAAGAAAAACCUGAUGCUUCAGAAAAAGAUGCUCUAAUGUCUGAGCUGAAAGUGAUGACUCACAUUGGAAGCCAUGAAAAUAUUGUGAACCUACUAGGAGCUUGUACUGUGUCAGGACCAAUCUACUUGAUAUUUGAAUACUGUUGCUAUGGUGACCUUCUGAAUUACUUAAGGAGCAAGAGAGAAGAGUUUCACCGGACAUUGGCGUAUGUUUUUAAACAGCACAACUUCAGCUUUUACCACAAUAUUCAUUUGAACCAAAAUUCCAGGAAGGGAACUCACCUCAAGUAUAAUGUGAAUGCAGCUGUAUGGAGAGAAGAUGAAUUUGAAGUCACACAGAGCCAAAACAUAAAUAUGGCAUCUGGAUCAAAUGGGAUUGUGCUGCCUUCUGAGGAAGAUGAAAUUAGAUGUGGAAGCAGAUUGAUGGAUGAAGAGGAGGACUUUAAUGUGCUCACUUUUGAAGACCUUCUUUGCUUCUCUUAUCAAGUUGCCAAAGGAAUGGAGUUUCUUGAGUCCAAAUCGUGCAUUCACAGAGACCUUGCUGCCCGAAAUGUACUAGUGACCCAUAGAAAAGUGUUGAAAAUAUGUGACUUUGGCCUUGCCAGAGACAUAAUGAACGACUCCAACUACAUUGUCAGGGGCAAUGCUCGUUUGCCAGUUAAAUGGAUGGCUCCUGAAAGCUUGUUUGAGAGGACAUACACAAUGAAGAGUGAUGUCUGGUCUUAUGGAAUAUUACUGUGGGAAAUUUUCUCUUUGGGUGUAAAUCCCUACCCUGGGAUUCCAGUUGAUACAAACUUCUACAAAUUAAUACAAAGUGGAUUUAAAAUGGACCAACCGUAUUAUGCUACAAGAGACGUCUAUCGCGUGAUGCAGUCCUGUUGGGACCUUGACUCCAGAAAGAGACCCUCUUUUUCCCAGCUGGUUUCCUCUCUUGCCUGUCAGCUGGCUGAGGCAGAAGGAGCAGUUUACCAAAAUAUGAAGAAAAAUGUUUCCACACACAAUUCCAGCAUCAAAAUGAAACCACAUGUAAGUAGGGAUGAGAAAUCUCUGCUAUCCCCGACUGUGCUCCAGCAUGAAGGCUCUCAGGUUGAAAAAUAAUCUGGGUUAUGGAUUUGAGCCCAGUAUUUUCAUAAAUUCCAUGUAGCAUAAAUGUAUUAUAACACCACUAAGAAAAGAAAAUGUUACCAACCACUGUUCCAUUCACCUUUCUUAUGGGACAGUCUAUAUUUAUGUUACUUUGAGGAGAAGACACAGUUCAUUGCUUCGAAUUCAGCAAACACGUUUAUUGCAGACAGAAGCAACGGUCUUUUCGACUUAUAUUGGAGAUCUCUUUUCCCAGUUUUAUGUAAAUAAUGUCUUAUCAAUGCAUUGAAUUCAGACU